UUCAUUAACCUCACCAACACGACUUCGUCGGCAACAUAUAAGCAAACAACCCUGAGCUCCUCAUAUUUUCCAUAAUAAUUCCAAUUCCAUCUUUCCUUUUACUUUUUCCACAUAAAAAAGUUGAACAUCUCCUUUUACAAUACACAGCAUCAGGCUGUAAGUAAUACUACUUAACUCGUGUGGUUGGCAGCUGACACCUAAUUUUGAGAGAGAGAGCAAAAAAUUUUCCUCAGAUCUGGCGCUGCGAUCAAAAUUCGGUCUUUACACUCACGAAAAAUGUAAUCUUGAGGUUUGGUUUUGAAUUUGUGUGUAAAACUCUGUUUCUGUUGCUGGGAAUGGGGAUCUGUUUGAGCAACCAGAUAAAGGCCGAGAGCCCUUUUUCUACUGGCACAGGUGCAACUUCUUCGAAAAUGAUAAGUGGAGAUGGGACGGAGCUAAGCAAUUCGAGCAGCAAGAGGUCCUCUGCAUCCGUACCUCCAACUCCUCGGAGUGAAGGUGAGAUUCUGCAGUCCUCCAACGUGAAAAACUUUGCAUUCAGCGAUCUAAAGGCGGCCACGCGAAACUUUCGCCCGGACAGCGUGUUGGGGGAAGGAGGCUUUGGUUCUGUUUUCAAAGGAUGGAUUGAUGAGCAUUCUCUGGCAGCUUCAAAGCCUGGUUCUAGCAUGGUGGUUGCUGUUAAAAGGCUUAACCAAGAGGGCUGGCAAGGCCACAAGGAAUGGUUGGCUGAAAUCAACUAUCUAGGGCAGUUGCGUCAUCCCAAUCUUGUGAAAUUAAUCGGUUAUUGCUUAGAGGAUGACCACAGACUUCUCGUAUACGAGUUCAUGCCAAAGGGUAGCAUGGAGAAUCAUCUAUUCAGAAGAGGAUCUUACUUCCAGCCGCUUUCUUGGAGCCUAAGAGUGAAAAUUGCGUUGGGUGCCGCAAGGGGCCUUGCCUUCCUUCAUAAUGCAGAAACAAAAGUGAUCUACCGGGACUUCAAGACUUCUAAUAUCUUGCUUGAUUCGAACUACAAUGCCAAACUCUCUGAUUUUGGAUUGGCCAGAGAUGGGCCAACAGGCGACAAGAGUCAUGUCUCCACUCGAGUCAUGGGUACUUACGGAUAUGCUGCUCCCGAGUAUCUAUCCACAGGCCAUUUAACCACGAAGAGCGAUGUAUACAGCUUUGGAGUGGUGCUCCUGGAGAUUCUAACCGGUAAAAAAGCAAUAGACAAGAACCGCCCCACGGGAGAGCAUAAUCUGGUGGAGUGGGCAAAGCCUUACCUGACAAACAAGCGCAGAAUGUUCCGUCUGAUUGAUAGCCGCAUUGAAGGGCAGUAUACAGUUGAUCUAGCCGUGAAGGCAGCCACCCUUGCUUACCAAUGCAUAUCUAUGGAUCCCAGAGCUAGGCCUGAUAUGAAUGAGGUGAUAACAGCCCUGGAACAGCUUCACGACUCAAGGGACGCCAAUAAGAAGGACAAAGAUCACGCCCUGAAUAGGAAACGCCAAUCAAAUUCAAAUACCGAACCUAAGUCCUGCAAGAGCAAGACCACUGCUGGAGGAGGGCGCCCAGCGUCUGCUUAUCCGAGACCUGCUCUUUACGCAUAGACGUCUUAGUUAUACUUGCCUGUAAGCAAGCAAGCAACAAACACUCUCUGGUUGCCCCUUUUUUUCUGAAGAUUGUACAUAUUCUUUUUUUGGGUAUUCUGUAAUGCAUGUAUUGGUGUAGCCUUCACAGUUUUGAGAUUCUUGUGGUUGAUGAUAUACAUGCUGCUGUAAUAUUCAAAUGGAGUAUCUUUUAUGUGUA